GUUCCCAUGAUGACGACGAUGACAGAAAAAAGAGACACAAACAGAAGAAGAGCAGAGACAGAAUGUCAAGAAAGAGGUCUGCAUCGUCAUCGAGUGAUGAGAAGACCGGGAAGAAGAAAAAGAAACGCAGCAGGUCCUGCUCCUCGUCUGACGAAGAGAAGAGGAGGAAGAAAAAGAAACUGAAAAGCCACAAGAAGAAAAGCAAAAAGAACAAAAGGGAACAGGGGAAGAAUCACAAGAAGAAAGAAAAAAAGAGGAAACACAAAUCCUCAUCUUCUUCUUCCAGCUCCAGUGAAUCUUCAGACAGUGACUGAGACAACUGAACAUAUUUAUUAUUUGCAGACAUUGUAUAAAUAAGAAACCUCAUCUUGUCCACCAACAAGUGUCCAUUACUGAGACAUGGGUUUGAAUGUUAAUUUGUUCAUUGCAGAUAACAAAUCUGUUUGCGGUUCUCUAAAGUAUUUUGGAAAACAUGUGCAAAGCCAGGGGAGAUGUUCAGAUAUACCAUUCCAUUCUCCUUCCACUGUCAUUUUACAUUUGACACUGUUUUGUACAGAGGGAUCUUAAGUGACACAUGGUACAUUCUCUUGACAUACAUAUUUCUUAACAUCACUGUAUGGAAGUCCAAUCAAGAAAUAUUUUAUAAAUUCAGGGGGAAGAGCCUUGAUAUUUUUGCUGUGAAUGUUUUCAGGUGCUGUUUUUGUUUUCUUUGUAUUUUAUAUACUUGGCUGCUUCAAUGCUUUUGGGAUUGUACCCAACAUUCUUACAUUUUAAAAGGUCAAAUGUGUAUACGCAUGAUUUGACUCCCUGAAAUUUUUGGUGGACUGGGAAUAAUUGCGGUUGGCGGUUACAAUGACUAGAAAUACUUGUGGUUGAUGUAUUGGCCAGUAUUAAUGAGGAUAAUAAUAUUAACAGUCAGCUCAUUUCUUAAUCAGCGCUGGCAUUUCGGCAGAAGUUGAACUAAUGUCUAAUAUCGGUAGACAAACUAGAGGUUUGGUCUUCUUUCAUUAUGUAAUGUGCUUAAAUGUUUAUACUGUACUUUUUGCAGGGACGGCUUUAGGUACAAUGAAACUCCUUGAAGUUCCUGGUAAGACACUGUUUCCUAGUAAUGGGAUUGUUGAAAAAAUAAUGGAUUUGAUUAUGAUUAUUAUGAUUAACCACACACACCUUGUUGAAAACGAGAGUUAAUUCCAAAGCAUUUAUGUGUUCAUUUUGGGAACUGAGCCUCUGUAUAUACAGCUUUGUUUAUUCCCUGUGCACAGUAACAAAUUCUGGUCAUCCCCCUGACAUGUUCUUUUUGUUGUAAUAAAAAUAUAUUUGUAUCAAACUA